AUGUUCACCCCCUCGCCAGCUUCCACGGGGGUCAUGAAGAUAAUCAGAUUGGACGGUAGUCACAGCAAGUUCGACUCUGUCACAAAAGAAACACAAGCUCUACCAGAGAUAGGUUAUCCUCAGUCUCGAGCAGGAACCUCUUCCUCGCUGGGCUCGAUAACUGACGACCAUUGCGGCCCCGAUAAAAGCGAGACGGAUAUCGAUCAGCGUAAGAUCCAGUAA